CCACCUGCCAAGUCUCGCGCUAGGGACCUGCUGAGGAAACACUAUGGGUUAGGCAUCGGCCCGCCUGCCCCUUCUGGUCGACCUUCCGAUCCGAUGGACCUUGAUUCGCCGGCGUUUGACGCGAAAGCGUACUACGAACAGCUGAUCACCACGGCAUCCCUCUCGACGCUCCUCAAGCGGGAGAACGAACUGCUUUCCGAAAUACGUGAGCUUGAUGGCGAGCGCCAGUCUCUCGUGUACAACCAUCAUCAUGAACUCAUCGCUGCCUCGGACACAAUCGCUGCUAUGAAAACUCGCGCAGAGUCGCUCGACGCCGAUCUUGACGCGCUUAGAGCCGCUUUCUCCGAAAUAUCACGUCUCGUGCCCGAGGUUGCG